AGUCGCUCCGUUCUGCACUUCUGCCGUCUUUAGUCGUCAUCUGUCAGUCGUGACAAUCGUUCUGUUAUACAUUUCCACCUCUUAUACCUCACGACUAUACCUAAUACUUAUUAUCAUAGAAGUUACUCGUCACUCAUAAAAAACAAUGUUCUGCUUGACCGCGGUUCGUGUGUGUAGGCCGUGGCCGUCAAUUGUCGCGGCUGUGACCAAACGUCAAGGCCUGAACACGCGGAGUUCGCCUGCCGCAGCCGCGGCCCAAGCGCAGAGCGGCAUCAAAAAGCGGGCCCAACGCCGGAAGCCGGCAGUCGCGGAAGACACGGGUCAGCGACAGGGCUUUUGGUGCGUAUCGGCGUUCUCGACUGCCGAAGAGUUUCGCCUGGAACAACUGUCGGCGGCGCUGUCCAAGACGAACAUGUACGAGCCCACGUGCCUGUACAGCGGUUCCGACGAUAGUGCAGAAACUGCGCCGGCCGACGUCAUUCACGCCGUGUCCAAGUUUCACGUGACCAACGAGCCCAGGCAUUUAUAUUUCUUCCGUGAGGGCUCGGUGGUCGGAUGGAACGUGUCGGACCUCGAAGUCAGCAGUCUGAUUAACUUCCUAGCCGAACACGAGAUCGGGUCCUACGACGACCACAUCGUCAUGAACGAAAGAGAAAUCAUGUAUUACGCGUAUACGAACGACAAAAAGAGUUCGAUCCAAAAAGGAAAUGUGCACCUGAUUGGCGAUGACGUAACGGCGUCUGACUUGGACCGGUACACGUUCUCCAACGCGAUGGCACACAGCGUGAAGCUGGGUACGUGGGAAGCGCUUCUCGAAGAGUACAUAGAUUCCGUCGAGGUCGUAACACACGAUCUACAAAACGGACUGCCUAUCAGGAUAACCAGGAAAGAAGUCAUGAAGAAAACUGGUGAACUAUUUGGACUGAGACACAGGAUUAAUUUAAGUUCAGAUCUCCUCGAUUUGCCAGACUUUUACUGGGAACGAGAACACUUAGAAACAUUUUACCGUUCUACCUGUAACUAUUUCAGCAUAUCCACACGACUCAAGACCAUGAAUAUCAAAAUAAACCAUUGCCUAGAACUUGUCGAGCUUCUGUCACACCAUUUGAGUGACAAACAUCACAUCAGACUGGAAUGGAUGAUCAUCGUGUUGAUUAUGGUCGAGGUCGGCUUUGAAAUCAUUCACUAUGCUCAGUUAUUCAUCAAAUGAGCUGCUUCCGCACGCGUUUCUCAACAAUCUUUAAAAAUUUAUUAUUUUCCUCUAAAUGUUUGAAUCUACAAAUAGUUAUAUCAUAAGUUAAGCAUAAUCUUAUAUUAAGUUUAUUAUUAUCAUGCAUUGUGAAAUAAAUUGAUGAGUCGUA